AUGGAGAAGAUCACGGAUAAGAUCCACGCCCUGCCCGAUGGCGCCAACUACUUCUCGCUCGAGUUCUUCCCGCCCAAGACGGCCAUGGGGUUUGCCAACCUCCAGACCCGUCUCGAGCGCAUGUCUCAGGCCCUGCGCCCGCUCUUCGUCACUGUGACCUGGGGCGCCGGCGGCUCCACAGCGACAAAGUCUCUCGAACUCGCCGAAAUCUGCCAGCGCCAGUUGGGCCUUACCACUUGUCUGCACCUGACAUGUACCAACAUGGACCGCGCCCUCGUCGACGAGGCCCUCGAACAGGCCAAGGUGCUCGGCAUCCGCAACAUCCUUGCCCUGCGUGGCGACGCGCCGCGCAGCGAGGAGUACCGAGACGAGGACAAGACACCGGAGCAGGACUCGAACAGGGACUUCACGUGGGCGAUCGACCUGGUCAGGUACAUCAGACAACAGUACGGCGACUACUUUUGCCUUGGCGUUGCUGCCUACCCCGAAGGACACUCGGACGAGAGCCACCCGGAGCAUCAGAACCCGAGCUACGACAUACCUCAUCUCGUCGAAAAGACACGGGCUGGCGCAGACUUCAUAAUGACCCAGCUCUUCUACGACGUGCACAAGUACGACAAGUUCGAGACGUUGUUGAGGGAGCAUGAGAGUGGCGCAUUCAAGACGAUACCGAUCAUCCCAGGCUUGAUGCCUAUCCAGAGCUAUUCCAUCUUGAGGCGGACGACCAAGUUGAGUCAUGCAAAUCUGCCGGCGGAUCUUUUGGCCAGGCUGGAUGCAGUCAAGGCCGAUGAUGAGCUCGUGAAGAGAGUCGGCGUCAAGAUCCUGGCCGAGAUGGUCGAGCACAUUCGAUCGCGACCUGACGUCGUCAGGAGAGGGUUCCAUUUCUACACCCUGAACCUGGAGAAAGCGGUAUCACAUAUCCUGGAAGACACAAACCUCAUUGGCCAAAUACCGACCGAGGAUGACGGAGACGUGAUCGAAACAACACCGGCCAUCAAUCUGGAGCCACCGAGUGGCAUUCCUUCGAACAGGCAGAGACGCCGUCUCUCGUCCAUCAACUCGAGCCCACACAACAGAGUGAUAAGGGAGCGCCUAUCAGCCUCGAGAUCAAAUCAGUCUUUCGAAACCUCCGACACAGAAGCUGGCCAGCCGCGAGGGCCCGUCAACACACGAGCCAACACCCUCGCCAUCUCUGAAGGUGAAGGCUCGCUCGGCCGCGAAGCAACAUGGGACGAUUUCCCCAAUGGUCGCUGGGGUGACGCACGCUCGCCCGCCUUUGGUGAAAUUGACGGCUACGGUCCCACUCUACACGUCUCCAACACCUCAGCGCUCAAGCUCUGGGGCCAUCCCGUCACCCAGAAUGACAUCUCCGCCCUGUUCAAACGCCACGUUGAAGGCACCCUCGAAGCCCUCCCCUGGAGCGAGCAGACACUGUCCGAGGAAACCAGUACGAUUGCUCCACAGCUUCUAGCCCUCAACGCGAAGGGCUGGUGGACCGUCGCAUCACAGCCCGCUGUCAACGGUGUUCGCUCCACAGACCCUGUCUUUGGCUGGGGACCGAAGAACGGCUACGUUUUCCAGAAGCCCUUUGUUGAGUUCUUCAUCCCCUCCGCCGCCUUCAGUGAACUUAAGCCUCGCCUCGACGCCCACGAGCAAAUCACUUAUUUUGCUGGUAACGCAGCGGGAGACUUCGAAGCCAGCCAGGAAGAUGGCGUGAACCCUGUGACAUGGGGCACGUUUGCUGGUAAGGAGAUUGUCACGCCAACAAUCAUCGAGGCAGUCAGUUUCAAGAGCUGGAGGGACGAGGCCUUCAGCAUCUGGAAGGAGUGGCAGAGGAUCUACCCGACCAAGAGCGCCACCGGGAAGUUGCUGCGGGAGACGAGGAACGACGUGUGGCUGGUCAAUGUCAUCUGGGGUGACUUUGUCGAAGGAGACGGACUGUGGGAGUUUUUGAGCGCUUGA